AUUACAGUGUUGUUGUUGUUGUUGUUUUUUAAAAAGAUCAAUAGUGUUUGAAUUGAUUUUAUGUCUAAUAUUAUGUUUAAUAACCGUUUCAUUAGUAGAGAUGGGUUUAAAGGUAAAAUAAAAACCCCAGGGAAAAGCAUUUCAAUACUAAGAUGUUGUACCAGGUUUUUUGUGGGAAAUUAGAAAAAAAUAGAUCAUUUUCUUUCACUCCCACAGUUCAUUUGCCAGCAGAGUUAUAUGUUUUUGAAAACCUCCCAGGUGAAACAAAGGACAGAGAUCAAAGAUCAAAUAUCAAAGACACAGGAUGGAAAAAAACCCAACAAAUUAAACAGAGACAUCUUUGCCUUUAAAUGUCUCUUUGUUAAGGUUUGCUGAAGCGAAUGGCUGACUGACUUGAAAGAACUUUUUCACUGUUUGAUUUUUUUUACUAGGUUAUGCAGAAGUUUCCAGGCUACGAAAACAUUUAGAUUUAACAUUAAAAUGCUAAGAUCUUUUGAGCCUGUGCCGUUCCAUACUCAUACACACUUCAAUAUCAAUUCAAAUAACACAAAAAAAAAAAAAAAAAUCACCCAAUGUGGCCAAUGUCAUUAUUUCCAGGGUUUGGUUUCAUGGUACUUGAACAGUCUGCACAGUUUAAUGAGUCAUUCUACCACUGUUUCACCAAAAAAAAAAAAAAAAAAUCCCAACAUGAUGACACAUGCCGAGUGCUGGGAGCGGGGGGUUGAGUUUUGUCACCACUUCAUCUGUGUGACUGUGUGUGUUUGUGUGUGUACGUUGUAUGAGUCAAGCCCCUCCCAGACCAACUGUAUAUUAAGACCUGGUACAACCUCACCUCAACGCUUAUUUUUCAGGAUCUCUCGAGCACAACUGAGCUGACUUUUAGACAAAUCCCCCUGUUUAACCCUUACAGUAGAGGCUUUUAUAGUGGACAUGGCAUCAGCAGGGCUUCAGUUGUUGGGCAUUGCCCUGUGCAUCAUCGGCUGGAUUGGAGUCAUUGUCACCUGUGCGUUGCCACAGUGGAAAGUGACGGCGUUCGUUGGUCAGAACAUCGUCACCGCUCAAACAACCUGGGAGGGCAUUUGGAUGACCUGCGUGGUCCAGAGCACGGGCCAGAUGCAGUGCAAGGUCUAUGAUUCAAUGCUGGCCCUCUCAAAUGAUCUUCAGGCCGCCCGUGCCCUCGUCAUCAUCUCCAUCUUGGUGGGCAUUAUUGGCAUACUCCUCGCCAUCGCAGGGGGCAAGUGCACCAACUGUGUGGAAGACGAAAGCCCAAAAGCCAAAAUCAGCAUUGCGGCCGGAGUCAUCUUCAUCAUUGCUGGAGUUAUGUGCCUGAUUCCUGUGUCCUGGACGGCCAACGGUCUCAUUAAGGAUUUCUACAACCCAAUCAUGAUGGGCUCCCAGAAGAGGGAGCUGGGGGCUGCACUCUUCAUUGGCUGGGGGGCCUCUGGGCUUCUCAUUCUGGGAGGUGCAUUACUUUGCGCCAACUGCCCUCCCAAGGACAACUACUCUGCCAAGUAUUCAGCUGCCCGUUCAACUGGACCAAAGGACUACGUCUGAGGAGGUGACGUGGAGCAGGAGAGCAGGAGGAGAGAGAGGAGACUGAGAAAAGACUUGUGUCAAACACCAUGUGGUCCAGUAAAACUACUCCAUGUUUUCACAUCUUGUUACAUUUUGAAUUUCAAAAGUUUUUUGUUGACUGUACAGUGUUUUGAUGUAGAAUGACAGACGUUAUGAAUUGUUGAAUCCCGUGUGGACCACACCCAAGCAACGGCUCCUGUGGAUGAGGCUCAUGAAAAGUUGAUGUACUUUUUGCUUUGGAAUUAAUAUUGUUGUCCUUCUUUUAACAUAUCAUUUCAAUUUCAAUUAUUUUUAUUCGACUGUCGUGAAACUAUAAAUAAAGUGUUUUUUAUGUUAAAGGUGAAUAUCA